CAGCCACGGAAAUAGCCAGGUUUCCAUUAAAAUAAUUAGUCAAAUAAUCCAUCACAGGGCAGAGGCGGAGCAGGUCCAGGAUAGCAAAGGGUAGCUCAUCUGUGUGCCUGGGGCACCUCAUCUCCAGAGGCCAGGCUCUUGAAUAUACAUGGCAUAUCCCAGGUUAAAGUUGCCGAGUCUGCUCGCCGUCUUUAUUUGCUGAUACUGAGCUGGCACUGGAUUUAGAGGGACAGAAACACCAUCUUGCUCACUGGGCACCUACACAGCAGGCAGGAGCCGAAACUGCUGUGCAUGUAGUUAUCAGUCUAAGCGGUGAAGCGACUGCAGCAUCGCGUACAGCAGAAGCCAAGGUCCCAGGCUUGCCUGCAGCGCGGAAAGAUGUCUUCCCAGUGCAAGCUGCCCGUCCUGCCCGCUUCUGCCUGCACGGGGGAGGCUGCGCACACCGACACUUCCCCGUCGCAUUGUGCCGUGAUGGACCUGGCUGCCGACCCCGUGCAGGACCCGCAUCCCUGUCCUGAGCAGACUUUCCAGGCGGACCCUUGCCUGCGUCAGGGUGCAGCCACCUGCCUGGAUACUUGCCCUCAGGUUGGACCCUCCUGCCCAGCUCCUGCUGUCCCCGUGCCCGCCUGGGACUCCUGUGCAUCUCCGUGUGUGGGCGCCUACGUGUGCCCAGCAGUGAACCCCUGUGACCCCCCUCAAAGCAAGGGAGGGACCAACUUCCCACUUGAGCCCACAGCCUCGCCAGUGGAGCCCUGCACCCCUGAGUCCGUUGGGACAUGCGUGGAAACCUUCCCUGUGCAGUAUCCAACCUCAGCAAUGGAUCCCUGCACCCUUGAGACGGUUGGAACCUGUGUGAAGACCUUCCCCUUCCAGCACACCAUCCCAACAGUGGAGCUCUGUCCCACUGACACAACCGGGCCGUGCGUGGAGACCUUCCCCUUCCAGCAAGCAAUCUCGCCGGUGGAACCUUGCAUCCCCGAGACAGUUGGGACCUGCAUGGAAAACAUCCCCUUGCAGCACCCAGCCUCAACCGUGGAGCCCUGCACCCUCGAGGUUCUCGAAACCUGCACGAAGGAGCCCUGCGGUGCUCAGGGUGCGAUCGCUGGUGAUCCCUGCCCCGAUCAGUGCUCGGUGACAUGCCUGGAUCCCUGCACAUCCCAAAGCGUAAUUUGUACGGAGCCAUGUGUGUCCCAGAGCACCGCAGAACCCCCAGGGACAUGCACAGCAGGAUCCACAGACACCAGCUCUACCAAGGGCACCGCCAAGGGUGCCAGCACCCGCUCCGCGCGAGCACCUUUCCGCCUGAAUACCCGCACCGCCGCCAUCGUGGAGAGGUGCCUUUCCAGGUGUCAAAAUUGGCUGCGAGGCAAGAAAUAAGAGUGGCCUCAGUGGGCACAUGGUAAAGAAGAGGUUUCCCUGCAUAAAUCAGACCUCCUCCGGUGAGUCUCUUGGUUUCUUAUGUGUAACAACGAGAGAGAAAUUUCCUUCAUGUUAAAUAAAAAAUACUUUUCAAUCAUCUGUUAA